AUGUCCCCAGUUAUUGCUAGCUCCGCGGCCAUUAUCGCAGCUUUCUUUCUCUGGCACUACUGCUAUCAACUAUUCUUUAGUCCCCUCGCGCGAGUCUCAGGACCUCUGACAUACGCAUUGACGGGAUGGCGGCUCGCAUACGAGGACUACAAAGGCGAUCGAUCGCGCACUCUCCUCAAACUGCAUAGCAAAUAUGGUCCCAUUGUCCGCGUGGGCCCUGACGAGGUAUCGUUCAACAGCACAUCUGCGCUGCGAGUGAUCUAUGGCGCUGGAAGUGGAUUCGAACGAACGGAGUUUUACAAAAUGUUUGAUGUAGCCGGGCGUCCGAACUUGUUCUCAUUCGCGUCUGGGAAAGCGCAUGGGGAUCGCAAGAGGAUUCUAGCCCAUGCGUAUGCCAAGUCGGGAAUGCUGAAGGGUGACACCGCAGUGUUGAUUGAGAAGAAGGUCCGGAUGUAUCUGGAACUUCUCGAGCGGGAGGGCUCGAUGAGCAAUACAUUUAACAGUCUGCAUUACUUUUCCCUCGAUGCUAUAACCGAGUUCCUCUACGGACGAUUCGGAAAGACAGCAUGUCUACAGGGCGUGAAGACGGACCGUGCGCUAAUAAGGGCAAUGGCAAAUUCGGAUCGUCGCAGGUUGACAUGGUUCAGCGUGCAUUUUCUUCGCUUCACAGAAUGGCUUUACACUAGGAAGGGUGCCCUGGGCUUCCUUGCGCGGCAAUUCUAUCCCAUGCAAGCACCUACUACAUACAUGGGCAUCCGAUGUCAUGCGCUGAAAGCUUGUCAGUACUUUUCUGCUGCGACGGACGAUGAAAAGAAUAAGGAAGGGUCAUCAACCCUAAUUGCACGGCUGUGGCAGCACCAUCGCUCUAGGAAAGAGGGUGGAAUGGAUGAUUCGGAUAUCGCAUCGGAAUGUGCGGACCAUCUCAUGGCUGGUAUUGAGACUACUAGCGAUACUUUGAUGUUCGUGAUUUGGUCUCUUUCGCGUCCUGAGCAUAGGCGUUUUCAAAAGAAGGUAAUUGGGGAGGUCUGCGGAAUCCAGGAAGAUGGUAUUAAUGCAGAUGAUAUCCCAAGAGUCGAGGCAAGUGACAAGCUUCCGUAUGUAAAUGCAGCCAUCAAAGAGACACUUCGACUAUUCGCACCGCUUCCUGGAUCAGAGCCCCGGUCCCUUGCUACCAGCACUACGAUUGAUGGGUACGAAAUCCCCCCGAGGACAGCCGUUUCCAUGUCACCAUACAUCCUACAUCGAAACCCGGAGAUCUUCCCGGACCCGUCAAGAUUCAACCCAGACCGCUGGCUCGACGAGUCCCAAGACCAGGCAGAAAUGAAAAAGCUGUUCUGGGCAUUUUCUAGCGGAGGAAGAAUGUGUAUAGGGAUUCAUCUCGCCAUGGCCGAAAUGGCAACCAUGAUAGCCGCGAUUUACCGCAAGUACAGCACAACGACCACCAACGGCUUCGACAAGGCUUCUCCGGGAAUUAGUGGGCGUUAUGAGGUGUUCUGGGACGAGACUUGCUCUGAAAGGCGGGAACAUGAAUGCUGGAUCGAUUUCCGGCCGCAUUGA